CACAAUCAUAAAAACUGUCCACCACAUACAGUUUCCUCAUUCCAUUUAAUUAUGGAAAAGAAAAAGUAUUUGACACCAUUCGGUGUGUUAGUAGCUAUUGCGCUUCCAUUUUUAAUUAAAGUAAAUAACAAGAACACUUGUGUAAAUUACUUUGACUACAUUUUGAUUAAUUUUAAUGGAAAUUGUCACUACAACCCAGAUGUAGAUCUAACUGUGCCAGAAAUAAUACAAAAGUAUGUCGGCAACGUGCAGACAUACAAUGUUACAACGAAAGAUGGAUACAUACUUACAAUGUUUAGAAUUCCUCGAGAAAAGCCUAGAGGUGUAGUACUUUUACAACCCCCUAUAUCAGCAGGUGCCAUAGCGUGGCUUUCAGAUGGUCUAAACUCGUUAGGAGUCACUUUGUGGAAUAAAGGUUAUGACGUAUGGUUGAGCAACCACAGGGGAGCCUCUUAUUCACGCAACCACAUAAAUAUGACUGACAAAAAUCCAUUGUUUUGGGACUAUAGUUUUCAUGAAAUUGCCCUGUAUGACCUCGACGCUCAAUUCGAGGUGAUUAAUCAAGAAACCAAUAGCCAAGUUAUUUUCAUAGGUUAUUCCAUGUCUUCCACUUUAGGCUUAACAUACGCAUCACUCCAACCCGAACUAUCCAAAAAAUACGUCAAAAGUUACAUUCUAGUCGCACCUGUUGUGUUAAUGGAAAAUUUCUCAAGCUUAUUUAAAUUUUUGUUCUACGCGAUGUAUCCGUUGGAGAGUUUUUUCAGGAUAGGCGAAUUUAUGACGUUCGAAGCCGUUCGGUGGUUCGGUUCUUUUGUAAACGUAGCACCUGCGGUGGUAAACUUUGUGACCUCGCUAGUAAUGGGUUGGACAAUUGAUGAAAUGGAUCCAGUGCUCUAUCCGUACAUUUUUGCUCAUCACGGUAGAGGUAUCACAAACAAAAUGCUGUAUCACUAUGGUCAGAUAUUUUUUAAUCAAAGCCAUUUUCUAAUGUACGACUACGGAACUGAAAGUAAUCGAGUUGUGUACGGUUCCAACCUACCACCAUCUUAUCCUUUGCAGAAUAUUGAUAGUUCAAUGUAUUUUAUUUAUGGUGAUAAUGAUAAGCUAGCUACACCAGCAGAUGUCAAAAACCUCUACGAUUUACUACCCCAAGGACAAGUACGCGGAAAAUACAAAAUCGAAAAUCACAACCAUAUUGACUAUUUUUUCAGCAAAUAUAGAAGAAACAAAACGUACAAAAGUAUUUAUAAUAUUCUGGAAAAUUUAGAAGAAUUGUAGUUUGUAACAUAUUUUUUUAUAAAUUUUAAUAUAAUUAUUUUUAUCUUA